AUGUCAGAAUGCAAAAUGAAAGACCCCUCCGCAGCCGAAAAGGCACAGGUUACUUCCGUGCUCUCUGACGGUGAUAUCUCUAUCAUCAACUGUGAAAUGGACUCUGAUGAGCGUGUAUUCGUUUCACUGGGCUAUAAACAGGAAUUCAAACGCGAGUUUUCUCUCUGGACAACGUUUUGCGUUAGCUUUUCUGUUCUUGGGCUUCUCCCUUCCUUUGCAAGUACGCUAUGGUGGGGUAUGGGGUAUGCGGGCACCGCAGGAAUGGUUUGGGGAUGGCCUAUCGCUAUGGCUUUUAUUCAAUGUAUCGCCAUGAGCAUGGCUGAGCUCUGCUCCUCAAUUCCUACAAGCGGCGGCCUUUACUACGCAGCAGCAGUUCUAGCGCCGCCCAAGUACGGACCUUUUGCUGCUUGGUUCACGGGCUGGUCGAAUUGGGUAGGCCAGGUAAUGGGGGCUCCAUCAGUGAACUAUGCAACAGCAGCCAUGAUUUUUGCCACAGCCUCAAUAAACAACCCAGAUUACAUCCCCACAGCCUAUCAAACGUUCCUUCUCACAGCCCUAAUAAUGAUCAUCCAUGGGGUCAUUAGCAGCAUGCCAACAAAAUGGAUUGCCAACUUUAAUUCCUACGGGUCAAGCUUCAACAUAAUUGCGCUUAUUUUCGUCCUAAUUGCCAUUCCAGUGGGCACAAGCAACUCUCCGAAAUUUUCUCCCUCCUCUGAGGUAUGGGGAACUAUAUACGAUGGCACCUCGUUUCCGAAAGGAGUAUCCGUUCUGAUGUCUUUCGUCAGCGUCAUCUGGGCAAUGUCCGGCUACGAUUCUUCAUUCCACCUGAGUGAGGAAUGUUCAAAUUCCAACAUCGCAUCUCCACGCGCCAUAGUUAUCACCUCGGGUGCUGGAGGCAUUUUGGGUUGGCUCCUCCAGCUCGUCGCAGCAUACACGGUCAAAGACAUCACAGAGGUUCUGGAAUCAGACCUUGGCCAGCCCUGGGCCUCUUACCUGUUCCAAGUAAUGCCACACAGACUAGCCGUGACCAUCCUCGCCCUGACGAUAAUAUGCGGUUUCUCAAUGGGACAGGGGUGCAUGAUUGCUGCCUCCCGGGUUACUUACGCAUAUGCCCGCGAUGACUGCUUCCCCUUAUCUCGUAUCUGGAAGAAAGUCAACCCAUACACGCAAACCCCCGUCAAUGCCGUCUGGUUCAACUGUGUCAUUGGUAUAUUAUCCUGCCUGCUCAUUUUUGCAGGGGAAAUUGCCAUUGGCGCUUUAUUUUCAAUCGGUGCCAUUGCUGCAUUCACUGCCUUCGCGAUCCCCAUUGCCAUCCGCAUUCUCGUCGUAAAGAGCCGGUUCCGACCCGGGCCGUGGAAUUUGGGUAAAUAUAGCACGCCCAUCGGCACUGCGGGAGUCAUGUUUGUCAUAUUGAUGAUUCCGAUUUUGUGUCUUCCGGCAAAGACUGGUUCGGAGCUGACCCUCGAAGAAAUGAACUGGACUUGCGUCGUCUACGGCGGCCUCAUGCUCCUAAUAACCAUAUGGUGGUUUGUUGAUGCGCAUAAGUGGUUCAGAGGUCCCAAAAUCAACAUUGAACAUCGUAUCUAG